CGUGUGCGGUUCCACUCCACAUGGCUGUGCUCCUGAAGAGGUUGUUGCAUCCCCGGAGGCCCCCGGAGGCCUUGGGCCGCCCCCUGGGACGGCGCGAGGCCAGCCUGGGCACUCAUGCCGGGCCUGCGGUGCGAGUGCGGUUCGCCCCCAGCCCCACAGGCUUCUUGCACCUUGGCGGCCUCCGCACUGCCUUGUACAACUACGUCUUUGCCAAGAAGCACGGAGGGAGCUUCAUCCUGAGGCUGGAGGACACGGAUCAGACCCGCCUUGUGCCUGGGGCAGCGGAGAAUAUAGAGGACAUGCUGGAGUGGGCAGGCAUCCCCCCUGACGAGAGCCCCCGCCGGGGAGGUCCUGCAGGGCCCUACCUGCAGUCUCAGCGACUUGCGCUCUACGCCCAGGCCACCGAAGCUCUGCUGAAGAGCGGCGCUGCAUACCCGUGUUUCUGCUCACCCCAGCGGCUGGAGCUCCUGAAGAGGGAGGCCCUAAGGAACCAUCAGACACCCCGGUAUGACAAUCGGUGCCGGAGCCUGAGCGAGGCGCAGGUGGCCCAGAAGCUGGCCAAAGACCCCCAGCCUCCCAUCCGCUUCCACCUGGAGGGGGAGGCGCCUGCCUUCCAGGACUUGGUGUACGGCUGGAAUCGGCAUGAGGUGGCCAGUGUGGAGGGGGACCCAGUCAUCCUGAAGAGCGACGGCUUCCCCACCUACCACCUGGCCUGUGUGGUGGACGACCACCACAUGGGCAUCAGCCACGUGCUGCGGGGCUCCGAGUGGCUGGUCUCCACCUCCAAGCAUCUGCUCCUCUACCAGGCCCUGGGCUGGCAGCCCCCGCACUUUGCCCACCUGCCCCUGCUCCUCAACAGGGAUGGCAGCAAACUGUCCAAGAGGCAAGGGGACAUCUUCCUGGAGCAUUUUGCUGCCGCCGGCUUCCUGCCAGAUGCCUUGCUUGAUAUCAUCACCAGCUGCGGCUCAGGGUUUGCAGAGAACCAGAUGGGCAGGACCUUGCCAGAGCUGAUCUCACAGUUUGACCUGACCCGGGUCACCUGCCACUCGGCCCUGCUGGACCUGGAGAAGCUCCCAGAAUUCAACAGGCUGCACCUCCGCCGGCUGGUGAGCGAUGAGACCCAGAGACGCCAGCUGGUGGGGAAGCUACAGGCUCUCGUGGAGGAGGCAUUCGGGAGCCAGCUGCAAGACAGGAAUGUGCUGGACGCAGCCUACGUGGAGAGGAUCAUCCUGCUGAGACAGGGUCACAUUUGCCACCUGCAGGAUUUGGUCUCCCCAGUGCACUCCUACCUGUGGACUCGCCCUGCUGUGAGUCGAGCACAGCUGGGCGCCAUCUCGGAGAAGGUGGACAUCGUUGCCAAGCGUGUGCUGGGGGGUUCUGUAUCGGGUAGAUGGAGCGUGGGAUGCUCUACCAGACAAGACGAGCGCCUUUCUCCCUUACCUGCAUCCAGAGCAGGCAGUUUGGGCUGAAGAGCUUUCUCCACAUCUCCAGGGUCCCUGGGUUUUGCUCUUGUCCCCAUGGUCCAUGGUGGCUCACAAUUCAGCCAGAGGAGGAAUGAGGGAAGGGAGAGGGGGACGGGAUACUCCUCCCCCUUAGGGACUUGACUUAAAAGUGACACACUGGUUUCCACCUGCAUCCCUCUGGCCCGAACGCCUGUCUUACGGCCACUCCAAGCUACAAGGGAGUCUGGAAAAUGUAGUUUUUACCUUGGGGACCAGGUGCCCAGCUGAAAAUUGUGUCAGUACACAUGAGAGGGAGAAAGGAUACCAGGGGUCAGAAGCAGCCUCUCUCACAGUCUCCACUGUGGUGGUUAAGACAGCAAAACCUUAGCCUCCGGCUCCAGCUGUGUCCUAAGAUUCACUCUGAUGGGGCCUGAUUGGCCUGGUUUUUCUGUCUCCGAACUAGUCACUGAGGCCUGGAGAAUGUGAUGUGCUGACUGGCUUAGCUUAGGUCAUACGUGGGACCCUGAGUGGACCCCCCCCCCCCAGCCAAAGCACAUGGGCUGAGGAUGGAGCCAGGUAGUUCCACAGGGAGAGUUAGGGCCUGUGGAGAGAGUUAUAAAAAUUAAAUUAGAUAAUAAUAGCAAACACUCGUGUGGGUUUGCUUACACAUGUGCCUACAGCAUGCUGUGUUAUAUAUCAUAUACGUUAGAUGUGUACACGGAUACGUGUGCAUGCUAUGUGUGCGUGUGUACACUUGAAUUCAGAGCAGCCUAAUAAAGGAACUCCUGUUAGCCCCAUUUUAACAGGUGAGGAAAUCAAGGCACAAAGAGGUUAAGUAACUUGUCUAAAAUAAUACAGCUAGUAAAUCGAAGGAGCAGGGAUUGAGACUCAAGCUGGCUGGGGCGAGAGACCGUAUGUCCAGUCAUAUUCUCUAUUGCUUAUCUUUGGUGUAAAGUACUUGGACAGCCCCUGAUAGCAAGCAGCCAUCACAAGUCUUCCCUCCUACUCAGACCCCAGCAGAAAGGCAGUCCCAAACAGCAGCUUCCUUUGUGAAACGUCUGUGGAUUCACGGAAAUGUGUAUACAGCUCCAUUCUUCCAAUUUUUUGAAUUUAAAACUUAAUUGUUAUUAAUACAUUCAAACCUCUUGAACCUCUAGGUUUAAAACCUAGAAAUUAUUUUGAAAGGUAUAUAUCAGGACUCCCAUUUUUAAUCCUUGUCCCCUGUCUGCCCUGUUCCCGAACCCUCUCUGGAUGUUACUACUAUUCACAACUAUAUCUAAAUAACCCUUAGUUUUCAGCUUUUUUACACAAAAGGUACAAUACAGGGAAUUCUCUGGUGGUCCAGUGGUUAGGACUCAGUGCUUUCACUGCCGAGGGCCUGGGUUCAGUCCCUGAUGGGCAACUAAGAUCCUGCAAGCUGAGCAGUGCGGCCAAAAAAAUACGAUACAAUAACACUGUUGUCUUUGGGUGGGAUUUUUGUUUUAUUUUUAUUUUUUUA